AUGCUUUUGAAAGAUAAAGAUUAUAUCGACAACGAGUAUUAUGCUCAUAAUCGACGAUUUUUUCGAGUCAUCGGCUUAUGGGAAUAUCAGACAUCGCUUAAGAAAUUGGUUUAUGUUUGUACCAUCAAUUUUAUGAUUGUUAUUGGAUUAUAUCAACAGAUUUAUACGCUCCUGACGUCUGAAAGAAAUUUAAAAUCGAUCGCCAAAUUAUUGGAAAUUACGUUGCCUACUUUAUGCUUCGGAUCUUGCUAUUAUAAUCUAUUGUCGAACGGUGCAAUCAUGAAAAAAAUUUUGUAUCAUAUCAAACAUGAUUGGGACGAGCUAGUGAAUAAACCUGAAUUAAUUAUAUUGAAAAAAUAUGCUUAUGUAAGCAGAUUGUACACAGUUACAAUCGCAGUAUGUUUUUAUCUGUAUAUCGCAUUUUUGGUGUUUCCAUCAUUGUUAAGUAACUUUCGUUAUAUCUUUGGUGCAAUAAGGGAAACCGAAUUAGUUUUACCAAUUACCUUUAACGUGAAAAAUCAAAUGCGUUAUUAUUUGGAACUUUCACUGCAAUGCAUAAAUAUAAGCGUAUUAUGCACUGUAGGAGUAGCUAACUAUUCAAUGUUUAUAGCAGUUAUACAGCAUGCUUGUGCACUGUUCAAUAUUAUAAUAUUUGUCAAUUUAAUUAAAGCGUUUUAUGAAACGAGUCACUUGUUCGAAGUUUUCUUGGCUAUGGUUUUUAUCAUGAUAGAUUAUUUUUACGUACUAUGUUUCGAUCUAACUAACACCGAAAAAUUAACAAACAUUUGUUACGUCAUUGCAUCUCUAUUUAUGAUAUACGCUUAUUUUCAUUUUGGACAAAAAUUAAUAGACAAUAACGUCAACGUAUCACAAACAUUGUAA